UUACAACUUAUAGGUUAGUUGACGAUAGAGGUUAGGUGGUAUAUCAAACGUUGAUGUAAACAGAUCACCGAAUUUGCAACAUAAUCGUAUAGUUUCAAGAUCACGUUUUGUCUCGUGAUUUUUGACGUACUUAAUUAUAUAUCCCAAUGACAGCUUUACAUCGUGCGUUAUAUACAUGGUUUAAUCUUUUGAUUUUUCUGAUUCUGCUUGUCUUGAGGCUCGAUCAGAGGACACAAUGGAAUUGGUUUAUUGUUUUUAUUCCACUGUGGUUGUUUGAUCUCAUAGUUUCAGUUAAUAUUAUUAUUAAUAUCAUCACCCUUUUUAAAAAUGGACGUAUUGAUCAUUUACCUCGGGAAAUGUGGUAUACAUCAGUUAUGCUCAUGAAAAUAAGUGCCCAAAUUUUAAUAUGUUUGAAAUUAGAAGCACCACAUUGGUUUUUACCAGCAAAACUUGUUUUGGGACCAUUUUGGAUUCUUCUUCCAGCAUUGGCAGUUGAUGUCUUUAUAAAUUUGAUGCAUCAUUAUCGAUAUUAACAAUGAACAAAUCACAGCCAAUUCAGAAAUAUUAUAAUAAAUAAUUUAUGAGUUCAUAAAGUGGAUAAAUCAACAAUUUUAUAGUGAUCUACUGAGCUGGAUAUAA